CGAUGUCCUCUUAAGCUCUCCACUUUCGCUCUUGCUCGCGCGUUUUUCCGUUGCAUAAAUUUUGUGUUGUGACAGCUACCGGUAUAUCUUUACGCUUAUCUCUUUUCUUUGCUAUGCCUUUCAUCUGAAAUUGAUGCUUAGGCGCUUUGCCGGAUAUCAGAAGCCAUCCGUUACUGGGAUCGGUGCCCUUGCAACUCCCAUGGCCCCAGGGCACCCGUGCAAGCCUCCCCUUAACCGUUACAAUCUUAGUUAGUCAUGGCGCAAUUGUUGUAAACGAAUUAACGUUUUGCUCUUUAUGACUAUGCCGCUGGUCUUCCGCGCCAGUCGGCAUCCGGAGGGCGAGGGGAUUUCGGAUGACAAAAGCACUACAGGAACCGCCAUCGGCUUUGGCGCUGGCGUAGCUGCCGCAGCUGCUUUCGCUUACGCGGUUCAUAAGGCUGCUCGCCUAAGGUCGUCUGUUGGAACAUCUCAGUGGAAAUUGCACGUGGCUCAAGAUGGGACAGUGCCUGACUUUGAUGACCUGCUGCAGCAUAUUGCAGAUAAGGGCCUGGACCCAGAAGUACGGCCUGAGAUUUGGCCAUUACUGCUGGGCGUGUACGACCCUGGCGAGGGUACGGAGCAGAGAACAAUCUCGUACGGAGAACUGCGUCAACGGUACGACGCACUCUUGCAGCAAUGCCAGGACAUGGAGACCGCCUGUCUGGGCCACAUCGCCAUGCGUCGCAGCACCGCACGCGUGGAAAGCUGUGGCAGCGGCGGCGCCGAUAGCACCACCAUAGCCGCUUCGGGGCCCGCCAGUGCUGAGCUACACUCCGCAAGCUGCGAAGUCGCCUCGGCUGCCUCGGUGGAAGUUGAAAACCACGACGACCGCUUGUCCUUGCGCACGCCGGUAUCCGGCAGUCGCAGCCAGAGCCGUAGCUGCAGCCGGAACAACAGCACCAACGGUUCCUCCUCGGGAGAUGCUACGGCCGAACCCGGGCGCGUCAGCAGCGCUGAACCCACUGCAAUCACCAACGCUGCGGGCGUGGACUCUGCGUGCGUCGGGAGCCCGGAGAAUGGUGCGAGUGGAAGAGGAGGCAGCUGCGCGGAUGCCCUGACUCCUCCCUGCUUUGGCCGUCUUAGUCGCACAGAUGUGCCGCCGUCACUCCGUCCGUACUUUGAGGCUCAGCAGUCCAUAGCCAUGGACAUCAUCCGUACAGACUUCAAGAAGGCGAACUUGCCUGGAUCUGCGAUCUCUGCGAGUUGCACGACAGGAAGUGGGAGCGGCGGUGGAGGCUUGGCGUCGAGUCUCCGUACCUUGAGCUUGUCCAUACGAGCCUGCAGCGACGGCGGCGGCGCUGGUGGCAGCGGCGGC